CUCGUUAAAGGUUGUUACUAGUUCUAGUAAGAAUAAGUAUUAGGGUUACAUUAAGAAGUUUAACGUUGAAACGAAUGGAUUGAAGGAAAAAAUACAACCUUCAUGUAAAUUAUUACUAAGAUUCGAUAUCAAAUUUGGAAUAUAAUGAGUGAAAUUUAUGAUCCCGCGUAUCCAACAGGGGAUGAGGAAGAGGAACAAGUUUCAACCACUUAUCUGACCAGGAGCACAGAAACAAUCUCUUCAGAGAUGAAUGAAACUUCCUUAGUGGCUGAACAGAAACAAAAUGAAAAUGAGCAAGUGAUUUUAGCUGCUUUUAAUAAUUUAAAUAAUUCUCUAACUGAUGAACUUUUAAAAGAAGAAAAUCUACUUCUAGCAAGUGGUAAGAGUUCAGCUGCAUGUGGAUCAGAGGAAGUUACUGAAAGUGGUUGUUCAUCUGGAGUUGGUAAUUUUGUGCAGUUAACUAAACACAACACAUUAGAAUAUCAAACUGAAGUAAUUAUAAAUGAUAUUGAGCUUCAGAAGGAGAAUGCUACUUUGAAUAUCCAAGUUUUCCCCUUUAAAGGAGUGGAAGAGGAAAUCAAAACUGCAAAUAUUAAUGAGAAUACAAGGACAGUUACUAAAGCUUCAGAAACUGACAUUUCUCUUAGAGACCAAACUUUGGAUGAGGAGGAUGUUGAAAGCAGUAAUUUGUAUAGUUCUAUAUUUGUUUCAGGUAAUAAUGAAGGAAACGUUUUAGUUUCAAGUUCGAGUAUUCAGACAAGUGGUUUGAAAACAGUAUUUGAAACAGAGAAUACGUCACAGUCUACAGAACUGAUUAAAGAUGAUAAUAACUCUGAAAAGCAGAACAGUUCAUUAGUUCAGGAAGACUUAGAUGGAGAGAGAACAAUUUGUAUGACAGAAGAUCUUUCAAGUGUCUGUCCAGAGCCAGAGAAGAUGGUAUUCAGUGAUACUCAACAGCAGGCCAGAAGAAAUUCUGAUCAGCAAUGUGACAAUGAAGCAUUUAAGGACAUUAUGGAAGAAACUCCAUGUCGCCGACGGAGUAGUAGGAUUCGUUCCAUUGAAGAAAGAAAAGUAAAGGAAAAAGCAGAAAAAGUUAAAGCUCAAAAAGAGGUAACUGUGAAAACAUCUCAUAAAGGAAAAGAUGAAAAUGAGAAACAGGAAAAGAAACAAAAAAAUUCCAAAAAUCAGCAGAAUAGAAAUCUGAAGAAAGAAAAAUUAGAGACUAAAAUUAUUACUCAAGAAAAUGACACUGUUCAAACAAGUAGAUCAGAGGAAGUUCUAGUGAAUGAACCUGAGACCACCAGAAUGGACACUGUAUGUGAUAGUGUUCUAACCAAUGAAACACAACAGGAAAUUUCUCUUGAUGUGUCAAAUAAAGAUUCUGAGACAUUAGUACAUGAAGUCUUAAAUUAUGAAGAACAAGAUAACCAGUUAUCAAUUUCAAAGAAGGAUCUUGAGUUUAAUGCAGAAUUGACAGAAAAUCAUUCCAAAGAUGGUUUUAAGCAAGAAAUUGCAAGUGUGGUUGACCUCCAGAGUGACAAUUCAGAGUUAUGUGAAACAGAAAAAGAUGUAAAAGAUUCUGAUGAAAUAAGAGAGACUGGUACUGUUCCAAUGGAACAGCAGUUCCCACCUAUUUUGAGUAAUUUUUCUAAACAAGAUGGUAAAGAUUUAAGUACAGAAAAUGAAAAGGGUGCUGAAGUAAUAUUCACCUCAGCUAAAAAUCCCUCACUUGGUCUUCCAUCAGCUGUUGUAAGACCAUCUGUUUCGGUUUCUCCUAAAUUUGAUGAUUUCACAUUAAAACCUGAGAAAGUUAAGUCUCGGUGGCGUCGAAAUAGUGAAUUAGAGAGGGGAGAGAUUAGUGGAGGAUCGACACCCACUUAUAGUUCAGAGAGUUUAGAUGGAAGAUCACCUGUUUUGGCAACUGGUGGAAAAGAAACUUUCACUUCAGCUGUUUGCUCAUUAACCAAAGACUCCAGUGCUGACACAUGUGACUCAUUGUGUGAAUUAGUCUGUAAAGAAAAACCCCCUUAUUACGAGCAAAUAGAAGAAAACAUCUACCUCUUUGAAAGACGUCGUUCCAAAUCAAAAAAGGAAGUUCGGAGAAUGAUCUGUGAUUGUUCCCUUACUAAAGAAGAAAAACAGAAAGGUGCUGUUGGUUGUGGGGAAGAUUGUCUAAAUCGACUACUAAUGAUUGAAUGUGGAUCUCGAUGUCCAUUAGGUGAAAGUUGUACAAACAAAAGAUUUCAACAGAAAAGAUAUAUCAAGACUGAACCUUUGAAAACAGAGAUGAAAGGCUGGGGAUUAAGGAGUGUCGAAGAUGUCCCUUCAGGAAGUUUUGUCAUGGAGUACGUUGGAGAAGUUCUUAAUCCUCAACAGUUCAAACAACGAGUUAAGCAAUAUGCAAGUGACAAAAAUACCCACUAUUAUUUUAUGGCUUUAAAGAAUGAUGAAAUUAUUGAUGCUACAACCCGAGGAAACAUUUCUCGAUUUAUCAAUCAUAGCUGUGAUCCGAAUUGUGAGACACAAAAGUGGACAGUAAAUGGUGAAUUAAGAAUAGGAUUUUUUACCAGACGAGCAGUAAAAGCCAACGAAGAACUGACAUUUGAUUACCAAUUUCAGAGAUAUGGGAAAGAAGCUCAGAAAUGUUUCUGUGGGGCUGAUCAGUGUCGAGGCUUUAUAGGAGAAGAUAAACAGAUUUCUUUGAAGAAUUAUAAUGGAUCAAAAGUAUCAACAUCUAAGAGGCGUAAAACAUCUGAAGACAAGAAACGAGAAAGUGUAGAAGACAUUGCAUUUGGAGAAGAGAUUGAAAAAUUGAGCUUAAAUGGUGGACUGAGGAAUAGAGAACAGACGUUGAUGUUGGCUAGACUGAUGGUCCGUGCAGAAGACAAUGCUUCUCGUGAGAAACUUCUAGACAUCAUCAAGAACACUUCAGAACAAGCCUGUCUGCGUUUGUUUUUGGACUACCAUGGACUUUCUCUUAUCUGGAGUUGGAUGGUGGAUCUUGGCAGUUAUGUUUAUGCCCAAAAACUUAAAAUCAAAAUCUUGGAAGUGUUGUCAACUCUACCAAUACCUAAUAUGACAAUGCUUUUAGACAGUAAAGUCAUGUCAGUUAUUCAGCAAUGGGCAGCUCAGAUAUCAGGCAACAAAUCUGGAGGAGAAAGUGAAGGUGGAGAAGUAGAAACAUCUAGUGAACCUCCCUCGGGGGCAACUACACCUCACAAUGGAGAUGGUUUGAAACCUGUUGAAACAUAUGCUAUAAUGCCAAUUAAAAAGAUGAAGGUGUCUGAAGAAUCAAUAUCAGAUAGUGAGGUAUCUGAUUCUAGUCCAAAGAAUGCCAAUAUAGUGACAUUGGAGCAAGAAAAAAGCAUAGCAUCACCUGCUGAAACCACUGAUAAUCAGAAUACAGAGGAGAAGCCAUGUAAAUCUGAUGAAGAAAGCCAGGAUAUGGCAUAUGAAGUUGACAAAAAAAAUGACGUAUUUUCUAUGGCAUCUAAGUUAUUAGAUUCUUGGAGUGACUUGAAGGAAGUGUUUCGAAUUCCCAGACUUGAACAGCAGAAGAGACGUGAAGAUGAAAGAGAAGCUGAUCGUCGAGAUCGAGAAAGAGAUCACAGAGACUCAAGGAAUUAUGAGCGAGAACAUCGCAGGGAAAGAUCUCAUUCAAGAGAACGAUCAUGGGAAAGAGACAGAAGACGUGAUUAUAGUCCUGACAGAGACAGAGGAUACAAAGACAGGGGAAGAAAUAAUCGAGAUAGAUACAAAAAUGAGUCACAUAGGAGUGAACGAAGGAGAUCUCCCAUUUCUCCAGAAAGAAAAGAUGACAGACGGCGAUCGAAAGGAAAUAGGAGGAAUGAAGAUUUUCAGGACAAACCAAAAAGGGGGCCGCUUCUUCCUACACCUUCCAUGAGCAAAGAAGAACGAAGGCAGUUGUUUGCUAUGGAAAUCCAGCAAAAAGACCAUGAGGAGGCAUUAAGGAAACAGCAAGAGCUUAUCACUUUUGCACCAGGAUUAACUUAUGGUUAUGAUGCCCCAGUAGCUUCCUACACACCAUUUUUUGACAUGAAUGCAGGAUUUUAUCAAGGUCCUGUACCUGGAGUUUUAACAGGCAGACAAGAUUCAGAGGUAAUAGAACAACCACUUGUUUCAAACUCAGAUGUUCGUAGUACACCUAUCCAGCCCAUGGGUCCCGAGUUGGUUGGAGGUCCUUCAGCUGGGUUAUCGUACAUACCAUUACCAGGAACUCCACAGACUCCCCAUGUCCCAGAAGAAUCAUUUGUUCCAGUCUUAGGAGCUCCACAGCUUCCUCCAGUUUCAGAAAGGACAGGUCUUCAAGGACAACCAGCAACAAUUCUUUCACCAACUGGAAACUAUAGUGAAAUAAAUACUAUACCAGAUGUGACAGUCAGACCUCCUCCUUUGUCUUCUCCAAGUCAACCAAGCAACAUAGUCUAUCAACAAGGAGGAAUGUUGUAUCACCAUCCAGCUAACUCAGUAGCAGCACCAGUCACAUAUGUGGAUCCAGUGCAACCACUUUUACCAAAUUCUAGCAUUAGUAUGCCUCAUCAAGCUUCGUUUUUACAGAAUCAUAGCCACUAUAUUACUCCUGAUGGUCAGCCAGCUUAUUAUGUCCAUCCAACCCCUUCUGUACACCCUACUGUACCUGACAGUUCUGUUCAUCUUCAUCAUAAUGCCAACCCAGUAGUACACCUAGUUUCAACUUCAGCUGUAGAAGACCAUAUUGGAUUCCCUCCAUCACCACCAAAGCCGGCAGUUCUACCCCCUAAUUGGAAAACUGCAAAGGAUAAGGAUGGAAAUACUUACUACUACCAUGCUAUAACAAAACAAACCCAAUGGGAUCCUCCAACAUGGGAUCAAAUGGAAGAUGAUUUGGAGUUAAGUUCAUCGACAGUAGAUGAACCUUUGAAGGUGGAAAGGUUAUAGAGCAGGAAGCAGCAACUGAGGUGAUACUGAGAUCUGAAUAGUCUAAGAGAAGGCCAUGCCCAUGUUCUUGGUCCAGCAUCAUUUAGCAAGAUGAAGCAGAACCCUUGAAGAUUGAUGAAUGCAGUGUGGAAACACAAAGCUUCCAACACUUGUAUAAGCAGCUAGUGUGAGAUGGUGUGCUCCACCA